UGAUUGAAGCCAUAAUAAUGGGAAGAAUGGAUAGGAAAUCAUCCAUUGAAACAGAGCCGAGGACUCUCAAAAUGAACCAAAUCCAAUUUGCAAGAGAAGCAGCGCUGUACGUGAUGAACACAACUAGCAUGGAAGAAGCAAUCAAGAUCUUCACAGAGGGAUUAGAAGCAGUGGAAUGCAAAGCAAUUCGAGAUGAAGAUGAAUCCAUAAUGGAGAAUUGGUUCCAUGAACAAGAAGCUGAUGAGCUUCCACCUCUUUAUCAGCUAAGAGACAUUGUCACUGCCCCUUUUUAGUCACCUAAAUAUCAUCACUUUCCUUUGUAAUCAAAAUUUUGAUUUACCUCGUCUCGAUAUCAUCUCGAUAUCGAAUUCAUGUUAGAUGUAGAAAUAUCGAUGUUUCGACAUGUCUAAUACUCUAAUUCUAAUAUCUAAUUUUAGGCAUGUCGAUAUCGAUAUUGAGGUCGAUGUUUA